AUGUCUUCUCACAAAGGACCUGUGGCGGUCCAGGGCAGUGGGGCUCCUGCCGAGAACAGGGAGGCCGACACAGUGGAGCUGGCUGAGCUGGGACCCCUGCUAGAGGAGCAGGGCAAGCGGGGCGUCGCCAACCCAACCAAAGCUGAGGAAGAGCGGGCGUGCCCAGGGCCUCAGGAAGAGGAGGUGCGGGUGCUGACGCUGCCCCUGCAGGCCCGCCGUGCCAUGGAGAAGAUGGAGGAGUUUGUGUGCAGGGUCUGGGAGGGCUGCUGGAGGGUCAUCCCUUACGACGUGCUCCUGGACUGGCUGAAGGACAAUGACUACCUGCUGCACGGCCACAGGCCACCCAUGCCCUCCUUCCGCGCCUGCUUCAAGAGCAUCUUCCACAUCCACACAGAGACCGGCAACAUCUGGACCCACCUGCUAGGUUUUGUGCUGUUUCUCUUCCUGGGAAUCCUGACCAUGCUCAGACCGAACAUGUACUUCAUGGCGCCCCUUCAGGAGAAGGUGGUGUUUGGGAUGUUCUUCCUGGGUGUGGUGCUCUGCCUCAGCUUCUCCUGGCUCUUUCACACCAUCUAUUGUCAUUCAGAGAAGGUCUCUCGGACUUUUUCCAAACUGGAUUAUUCAGGGAUUGCCCUGCUGAUUAUGGGGAGCUUUGUCCCCUGGCUCUAUUACUCCUUCUACUGCUCCCCACAGUCACGGUUCAUCUACCUCUCCAUCGUCUGUGUCCUGGGCAUCUCUGCCAUCAUUGUGGCGCAGUGGGACCGAUUUGCCACCCCUAAGCUCCGGCAGACAAGAGCAGGCGUGUUCCUGGGGCUGGGCUUGAGCGGUGUCGUGCCCACCAUGCACUUUACAAUCGCGGAGGGCUUCGUCAAGGCCACCACGGUGGGCCAGAUGGGCUGGUUCUUCCUCGUGGCUGUGAUGUACGUCACCGGAGCCGGCCUUUAUGCCGCACGGAUUCCUGAGCGCUUCUUCCCUGGGAAAUUCGACAUAUGGUUCCAGUCUCAUCAGAUCGUCCACGUCCUGGUGGUGGCAGCCGCCUUCGUCCACUUCUAUGGGGUCUCCAACCUGCAGGAGUUCCGGUACGGCCUGGAAGGGGGCUGUACUGAUGACUCCCUCCUCUGAGCCGCUCCCCCUAGGGCGCAAGAGGAACUUCCCAAGUGCUUUUAAAAUAACUUCUUUGCUGAAGUGAGAAGGAGAGUCUGAGUUGUCUGUUUCUAGAAGAAACCUCUUAGAGAAUUCAGUACCAACCAAGCUGCAGCCCACUUCACACUCACUGGGCAAUAAACUCUCCAUUCCCUGGCUGAGGACAGUGGGGGUGGGCAGA